AUGGAAGAUUUCACAAUGGUGAGGGGUGAGAUUCUGGUGUCAGUUUCCAUAGGUUGUAAAGACUCUGUUGUAUGGUUAAGGAUCUUGGAGACUCCUGUGGUAAUAUCUCCCCUCAUUCACGCCACAACCCUCCGCCGCCCCCUCCCCACUUUCUCUCUCAUCCUCCAAUUAUUCACCAGAUCGUCGAUUGCAGAAACAUCCAUGGCCGCCACGACCUUGUCCCCGUCCUCAUCGGCCCCUCGCGGUAACGACGAUCGCCACAUCCCCUCUGCCCUAGCCCUCCCCGCCGUCGUCGCCACCGCCACCCACCGCCUCCCUCCCCCGUGUUGGUCGCCCAACGAGACGACGAUCCUUAUCGAUGCCUACAGGGAUAAGUGGUACUCCCUCCGGCGCAACAACCUCCGCGCCAACCAUUGGAACUCCCUCCGGUGCAGCAACCUCCGCUGCGCUGCCCCGACACACCCCCGAAGACCGUCGUCCAGUGCCGCCACAAGAUGGAGAAGCUCUGCAAGCGGUACUGCCCUAGAUCCAGAGGGCCGCCGUGCGCGGCGGCGUCCACCUGUAUGCCUCGUCGUGCGCCCACUUCCAGGGGAUUGA